CGCCAGCACACUACAGUUCUACACGCUCAUCCUUGACGUCAACCACGAUGCCAGCGAUGCUCGACGAUCCGACGGCGCCGGUCAAAUAUCGAGUCUCCGGGAACCCGCCCUUUCCAACACCAGAUGGCCCACUCCCACACGACAUUGCGCCUCGCCAGGUCACACUCCGCGAUCGCGUAACGACUGCCACUCUCGUCCCAUUCUCAUCACCGCAAGAAGUCCCACCUCAACUCACCGCCUACCUCUGCGAAACGCUCAAUCGCGAGAUUGAAGGCGGAGACACAUACCCCAUGACAGAGCCUUUACUUCAGUCAUCCUUCGGAGCAUACUGGUUUCAAAACUUCGGCGCGGUCAUGGUUCUUGGCGAGGUCCAGGCAGUAGAGGAGAUUGCACAAAUGGAGGAGCAAGGGGUGGACUGGACGAAGCAGUGCUUGGGUAGUUUCUACGUCAAGCCGAAUUACCCAGGCCGCAGCAGCCACGUCUGCAAUGGAGGAUUUCUGGUGACAGAUGCUGCACGGAACCGUGGUGUGGGAAGGCUCAUGGGUGAGGGAUAUCUCGAGUGGGCGCCGAAGCUGGGAUACACAUACUCCGUUUUCAACCUGGUGUACGAGACGAACGUGGCCUCAUUACGAAUAUGGGAUGCUUUGGGCUUCAAGCGGAUCGGCAGGGUCAAGGACUGCGGCAAUCUGAAGAGCUAUCCAGAUCAGUACAUCGAUGCGAUCAUCUUUGGUCGGGAGUUGGGAGGUGAGGGAGACGAGUACAUCAGCGAAGAGCGUUUCGACAAGAUUCGAUUCUACUUGAAGAACGGCACAUACCCGAAUGGAUCAGACCGCGCCGAGAAGUCUCGAUUACGAUCUGCCGCUACGCACUACCGACUAAUACCGAACACCACCGGCGACGGCGAAGAAGACAAGCUGAUGCUCAAGGGCAAGGAAGUCGUCUCAGAUCCGCACAAGCAAUACGAGAUCGCCCGCAACAUGCACGCCGCCUCGCACGGCGGAAUCAACAAAACAACCGCCAGCAUCGCCGACAAGUACCACUGGGUCCGCAUCAAGGAGACCGUCAGCGCCGCCAUCCGCAACUGCACCGAAUGCAAGGACUCCGCACCGAAGAACGACACCGCAGCCUUCACCUCGAAUAAACGCCGCGCUGCGUCUACAAAUGCAGCCCCACCCAGCACACGCCAGAGAUUGACCGUUACCGCCGGCUCCGACGACGUCGUGGCAGGCGCAUCACCGCACGACAAUCAACAAAUGCAGAUGCAGCAACAGCAAGGCCAACAAAUGCUCCCCACACACCACGGUCCAGCUCCGACAGCACCGAUGGCUCCGAUGCAGUAUGCCGACAACGUGGGCGCUUACUCCGACAUGCCUGUGGAUCCGCAGAUCAUGCAGAUGUGGAGUACUGGGCCUCAGGAUGGAAUGGGUUUGGACGGUAGUAAGGAAGCGGAGGAGGCGGAUGCGGAUGCGAGAUUACGGGAGACGUUGGAGGCGCAGAUUAUGACGCAUGACUAUGGGAAUCAGAAUGGUCACAUGGGGAGGUGA